AUGUUUGGGAUAAAUAAAUUGGCCCUCUGGGUAGUGACAGGUCUGUUGGCAGUCAUGACUGUCUUCUUUAACGGCUACAUCUUCUUGAUGAGUCUGUGGAACUACAAGCAGAAAAAGCAGUGGUGUCCCAGUGAAACAAUCAUCACGGCUCUGUCUGCGGCCAACGUCGCUCACCAGCUGGUCAGUUAUUUCUGGAUGACCAUGUAUGAGGUGGAUAGUAAGUGCUUAGUCAACCCGAUGCCCUACACAGUCAUGCUACUGUUAAUCUACACCCUCAAGUUCACCAUCAUGUGGAACACCAGCUUUCUCACUUUUUAUUACAGCACCAAGCUGGUGCACACACCAAAUCACUGCUACACUCAGAUCCAGGCUGCCAUCCUCAAGCAUGUGACCUUGGUUGUUUUUCUCAUCCCUCUGUGCGGCCUGGGCACCUGCAUGCCGAUGCUCAUUGUGUUUAACCCUGACAACUACACCAUAGUGAACAAAGACUGUGGUGUUUUAUUGCCCGAGACGCGCUCUGACCAGAUCUACGAAGCCAUAAAACUGCUCCUAGCUGAUGUCCUGCCAGGGGGGCUCAUGGUGAAAUGCUGCAUCUCAAUCUCCGUGCACCUGGCCAUCCAUCUCCAACACAUGAAAGCCAGCACCAACGGAACCCACUGCCCAAAGCUGGGCAAUCAGUUGAGGGUGAUCCAGAUGGCGUUGUCUCUAGUGAUCACGUUUAUCCUCUUCCUUGUGAUCGACCUGUACGUCUGCUACCAGAUAGUGGUGAACCAUGAGAACAUCAUCAUGCUCACAAUCUGCUUCACGUCCAUCUACACGACUCUCUCAGCCAUAGUGCUGAUCUAUGGGAAAAAGACUCUUUGGAAAGCUCUCAUACAUGAAUUUAACGUCUGCCUGGAUGAAUAUCCAUGUUUGUCUUGGCUGAAGGUGCCCGAACAAAAGACUAAACCCAGCACUCCUGCAAAAGCUAAAAACUGA